CGGUGCUUUUCGGUUUAUGUACGCAUGCGUCAGACGGACCUUGCGUCGCGUCUCCAGCGUUUCGCGUCAAACUUUUGAAAACGCGCCCCGAGACCCUUGUGUUCUAUUCCCCUAAGAUGCCCCAACCCCUGUCUGAGUAGGCAGCUGACUAGAUUUUGAGACAGCCCAUUUUCACAGUGACAAUUCGCGUUCAAGAAGGACUUUCCUGAAUUGCCGGUAGAGCUGUCUGAAGCCAAGGAGGAAACAUCAUGUGAAGUUUUCAGAAGAAUUUGGAUUGUUUGGGGGGAAGCCUUUUUGAAAGAAAAAAAAACCUCUACAAGACAAAGAAGUUGGGUUAAACCCAGUUCGGCUCAGGGAGAAUAGACUAAUGGAUCGUGUUUCGUAAAGGCAUUACUGACUCCGUACCGGUGUGUCGACGAAUGCAGCGGAGAUGGGGGGCUGUUGGAGAUGGUGCUACACGUCGUGCAUCUGCUGCUUGUCUGAAGAGGAGAAGAACGCCGUCGUCAUACACAAUGAAAUCAAAAGAAUCCUUGCAGACCAGAAGAAACGAGAACGCAGAGAAAUCAAAGUGCUUUUAUUAGGCACCGGAGAAAGUGGGAAGACGACUUUUAUCAAGCAGAUGAGGAUUAUUCACGGCAAGGGCUUUUCUGAAGAAGACAGGCGUGGCUACACUAAACUGGUUUUCCAGAAUAUCUUCACAGCUAUGAAGGCUCUGACAGCGGCCAUGAACACAUUAAAGAUUCCCUAUGCUAACCCGCAAAACGAGAUCUAUGGGAAACAGUUUCAGGAAGUGGAAAUCCGUCAGAUGACACAUUUAGACAAAAUGUAUGUGGAUGCUAUCCGCCGACUUUGGGCUGACGAUGGUAUCAAGGGCUGUUAUAGUCGUCGUAGAGAGUACCAGCUUCUGGACUCUACAGAAUACUAUAUGACAAAUUUGGACCGUAUUGCGGCCCCAGACUUCAUCCCCACAGCCCAGGAUGUGCUCCGAGUCCGAUUCCCCACCACAGGCAUCAACGAUUACUCCUUCAGUGUGGAGAAGAUCACCCUCAGGAUUGUGGAUGUGGGUGGCCAGAAGUCAGAGAGGCGGAAAUGGAUCCACUGCUUUGAGAAUGUGACAUCGCUCAUAUUUUUAGCCUCCCUCAGUGAGUACGACCAGGUGCUGGAGGAGAAUAACAAGGAGAACCGCAUGAAAGAGAGCUUGUCACUCUUCUACACCACCAUCCACUCGCCAUGGUUCGCCAGUGCCUCCAUCAUCCUCUUCCUAAACAAGAUGGACAUCCUGGAGGAAAAGAUCAAGUCGUCAGACCUAAAAACUUACUUCGCAGGGUUUGACGGGAAACGACGGGAUGUGCAAGACGCCAUGAUGUUCAUCCACAAUAUGUAUAAACAGAGAGCUGUGAGUGCUGAGACAAAGGAAUGCAAAAACAUCUACCCUCACUUCACCUGCGCCACAGACACCAAUAACAUCCGGAAGGUUUUCAAUGACGUGAAAGACACUGUCCUUAUCAAGUCUCUGCAGGAAUACGGAGUGCUCUGAGCAGCCCAUUUCUUUCAGGAUACGGCCUGCUUCUGCCAACCUAAUAAACUGACCUUGGAGGGACGCACACCUCUAUACAGCCUUCCAUUUCUCUGUCUAUUGCUCCAUCUAUUCCUAUUUUCCUACUUGUGGUGGAUAAAAACAUCAGAUUCUUACGGCAUGACACAUUCUCCAAAUUAAAUCAUUUGAACAUUGCCAGACAUCGACUUAACAUCAGACAUCAAUGAGGAAGCUGUCAUAUCACACCUCAGACUUUGACAGGAAUGCUAUACAACAGGCAGAUUUUCAGCGUGUUUUGGUUUCGAGGGGGUGGCAGAAAUUUUACUCUAUAGCUGCUGGCAAGAAUGACCUGAGAACUACAAAGCAGCGUUUGGCUGAUCUGUACUGGGGCACAUGCUCAAUGUCUUGCCCAAAUAUUUGACUUUACUGAUUACUUAGAGCAAGAGGGUGGAGAGUUUCCUUUGAAAUAGGUGCAGAAAGUUAUAUGGAAGACUGUUUCUGCCACAGAAUAAAAAGAAAAAUAAAUAAA